AUGAGAUGCCAGGACCUCUCGUCUGUGGUCCACUCCUGGGCUCAGACCCGGGCAGCCCUGCUCAGGGUGCUGCAGGAAGAUGAGGGGCAGUGGGCGGCUAUCCAGGAGCAGCCGGGCACCCUGGCCCAGGAUGUGUGUGAGCUGCUGGAAGAGCAUACAGAUAGAGCACCCGGAAUCAGCCAGGAGUUUGGGGAGCGGAUGGCCUACUGCUGCUUGGGGGGCCUGGCCGAGUUCCUGCAGAGCUUCCAGCAGCGCGUGGAGCGAUUCCAUGAGAACCCAGUGGUACAGGAGCUGACAGCAGCCAGCUACAUCAGCAGGACCAUCUCCUUGGUCAACUAUGGGCCCCCCCUGCGGACCCUGGCUGAACGCCUGGCCCGAGUGGGGCCCCCGGAAAGUGAGCCGGCCAGGGAAGCAGCAGCCAGUGCUCUGGACCGAGUGACAGGGCUCUGCCACCGAGUCCUGGCCGACCUGCUGUUCCAGGAGCUGCAGGAGUCGCAGGCCACUUGGCUGGACGCUGUGGUGCCCCACUUGGCGGAAGUCUUGCAGCUGGAAGACACGCCCAGUAUCCAGGUGGAGGUGGGGGUGCUGGUGCGCGACUACCCAGACAUCAGGCAGAAGCACGUGGCAGCCCUCCUGGACAUCCGGGGCCUUCGCAAUGCCGCUGCCCGCCACGAGAUCCUGGCCGUGGCCCGGGACCUGGAACUGUCGGAGGGGGGUGCCCUGGCCACCCCCCGGGACCGCGCCUUUUUCUCAGACAUCCCAGUGUCCCGGCCGCCCUUCUGCCUGGGCCUUCAGCUGCUCCUGGAC